AUGGGUCGGAGGAAGAUUGAGAUCAGAGCCAUCAAGGACGACCGCAAUCGUUCGGUCACAUUUCUCAAGCGAAAAGGCGGCCUCUUCAAAAAGGCCUACGAGCUUUCGGUCCUAUGUUCCGUCGACGUCGCAGUCAUUAUUUUCGGGAAUAACAAAAAACUAUACGAGUUUUCUUCGGGAGAUAUCAACGAGACGCUGCGGCGGUAUCAAUAUUAUGGACAACCACAUGAACACAAGGGCCCGAUCGACUUCAAGAACAAGGGCGGUGAUGACGACGACGACGAAGAUGAAGAGGAAGAACAACCGGGCCAUGUCAGAGAAGACUCUCACCCACCUCAGCAUGCUAUGCCCCAACACAUGCAACAUCCCAACUCCUUUACUCACAUCCAACAACCCAUGAACUCUGUCUCACCCCCGAUGCCUAGUGGCAUGUUUCAACCACGGCAUGGCACUCCACAACCUCCUCAUAUGAUAUCUAGGCCGUCUUCACAGAAUAUGAUCCGGCGGACCAGUUCCAAUCUGGUCCCCAUGCAGCACCCCCAUCCUACGCCGCCACCACCACAGAAUGGUUUUGCCUACGUCCCUAAUCCUCCCAUCUAUAAUCCCAACGCUCCUCCUAACAUGCAACCUCAUCCUUCACCGCAACCUCAGUAUCAAUAUCCCCAACAGCAGCAGCAGCAGCAGCAACAACAACAACAACAAGCACAACCGACGCCUCCUCCACAAUCGCAUCAACAAAUGCAACAGGCGCAUCAACAGUAUCUACAGGAACAACGGCGGCAGUCACAAACACCACAACCAAGCCUCCAGCCUCCACCUCAACCCCAACCUCGUACAUCGCCUCAACCCGAAACACAAAAUCUCCGGCCUCCGGAGCAAGGAACGCCCCCACAGCCAAAACACCUGUCGUCGAAAUCAAGGAGUAUAUUUACUCCCAUUGAUGAAGGUGGAUCUGUACUGGCCCAGCACUUUUUCGGAGCUCCGGAUCCAAAGCCGGUGAAGAAGGAAGUUGAGGCGAGGGAUGCGAAGAUGCUUCCACGGAGCAUAACUGCUCCGGCUGUAGGUAAAGACCCUGCGCAGCCACCGAGGUCGCAAACGGCAGUUCCAGAAUUCGCUCCACCAAAAAGGUCAGAUACGUCCGGAUCAAAGUCCGGUGCUCGACCCAAAUUGAACUUGCAAAUCCCAUCCGAGGCCGAAGACAAUGAUUCACCAAGUGGUUCGACGGGACAAUCGACAGAUCCGUCAGGAAAUACUGCUCGAGGAAGUGACCACAUCGUUCUUCCGCCCCCAUCGCCUAGUGCUUCCGCGGUAAUGUCCGCUGGAGCGAGCGGGCCACCAAAUCCAUUCGCUCGACCACAUCCUCCGCCAACAUCGAACCAGAACCGCGAAGCCUAUAAUGAUAAUAGGAACAAUAUCGAGACACCUAUAUCAGCCUUACCGAGUCGUUACAUGAACAAUGACCUGUUACCGAGCCCAAGCAACUUCUUCAGCGAUUGGUUUGAUGGCGGAAGGAAUGGUGGACUGAACUCGGCAGUCCUACCCAGUCCUCUGGCGUUUCCUACGCCAUCUGAUGGCAGAGGUCUAGGAUUUGGAGGUCGUGACACGGCCAAUGAAGCCAGCGGCAAUGGGGAGAAGAGGAAGGGCAGUGUGGAUAUGGCAGAUAAAGAGGACGUGAAGAAAAUCAAGACCUGA